AUGCACCUCCUCACCCCCCUAACCCUCCUUCUAGCCCUUGGAACAACAACCCUAGCCCACCCCCUCCACAGACCUACCCACAAAACCAAAUCCAAAGCCGACAUCACCAUCACAGAAUCCCAAAUCCUGACAAUCGCCCCAACAUCCAACACAUGCGACAAUCCCCCGGCAGUGGGCGAAUGCGCCACCGCAAAAACAGCCGCGACGUAUACAUCGCAAUCUUUCGAUAAAUACGGUGUGACCAGCAAGGCUGAACAAGCUGCUGUGUUGAGUCUGAUGGCGUUUGAGAGUUUGGAUUUUAAGUAUAAUAAGAAUCAUUUUCCGGGUGUUGCGGGCCAGGGGACCCGAAACAUGCAAUCCCCAACCUUCAACAGCAAAUACGCCUCCUCACUACCCUCACUAGCAGACAAACUACCCUCGGUAGCAAACUCCCCCGCCGACUUACUAGAUCUGCUUCGCGCAAACGAGGCUUUUGAUUUCGGUUCGGGUGCGUGGUUCCUCACGACGCAGUGCUCGGAUGAUGUGCGGAGUGCGUUGCAGAAGGGUGAUGAGGCGGGGUGGGAGAGGUAUAUUAUGGGCUGUGUGGGUACGAGUGUUACGGAUGAGAGGAGGAGUUAUUGGGAGAGGGCUGUUAAGGCUUUGAGUGUUUAA